ACUACUACUACAACUAGUCUUGUCAUGAUCACGUAGAUAUGUCUGCCCUGUCAGACGAAGAGAUUGGUUACACGUCUACUCUACAGUGAUUGCUGCCUCAAUUCAGGUUUGAUCAAGAAUUUCGGUCCUUGUUAGCAAGAAAAUGAGACUGAAAAUCAAAUAUUCAAACACGCAGAAGUUUGUUAUUAAUGUCGAGCCGUGUACGCUCGGCAACCUGAAGACAAAGGUUAGAGAGUUCAUCUCGAGCUCUUACGGACAAACUGUCAGGGAACCAUUAACCUUCAGUUUAAAUGGCUCAGAUCCUCUUCUUGGCAGUGAGGAUGAAUUACUUUCCAGUCUUGGCAUUGUUCCUGGGGAUAUGUUGAUAGUCAUACAGCCAUGUGCAAAGCGGGAAAGUGACGUGACAACAGCAUCAUCUUCAUUAACACAUACACAAGAAAAGAAUUGUGAGCCUUCACCUGGAACUUCCGCAUCAUCAAGAGAUAUGAAAGAGGAAAGUAAAUCAGUAGCAGGAAAUUCUUCUGCAAAGAUGUCUGAAGAAACUUCUAGAACAGAAAAUGCUCUCUUGGAAGUGAAAGAUGGCUUUCCAUCGCCUUCUCUUGAAAAGCUAUUCACUCAGUGCUCCCCAUCUUCUGCUAGUCAGGCUGUUAAUCUUGUAGUCCAUCUCACUAUGCUGGAAUGUGGUUUUUGUUUAGAAGACAAUUUCCAGGUGCCACCUGGAUGGAAAGAAAUGGUUGCCACAUUCCAUUAUUGUCAUCCUUCUUUUUCUGAGUUUAAGUGUACUUUGGCUCUUGUAACUAUGGGUGAGAUGAAACAGGUAUUAGCAAGUUUUCCUCAGCAGGAAAAUGCAAUCAUGACACAGCUGAAAGUGGGUGACUACUUGAAAAAUUCAUCAAAGGCUGUGAUACAAGCAACUGAUCUUGUUAAAGUUGCACAACUAUCACGCACUCUUAGGGAUUCUAUUCUCCAUCCAUUACAGAUUGCAGCACAUCAAAUCCUUGGGAUACCUGCACCUUGGCAUUUAGCUGGAAUGCCUCAUGAAUUACUCUUAAAAGUUGCAUCUUUUUUAAGGCCUAGUAGCAUAGUCAACUUAGGACAAACUUGCAAACGUUUACUGGCAGUAAUGGAAGACAAUGAAUUGUGGCGUAAGCUUUACAAAAGAGAUUUCAAGAAUUUAUAUAACAAUCUGACAGAUUUACAUCUUAUUGACUGGAAAGCCAAGUAUAAAGCGGCUAUAGUGCGUCACAAAGAUUGGAAACGGUUGUUUGAGGAAGGCUGCGAGUAUGUUAUACCUGGCAUGAUGCCACCACGACAACCUUUUGGUCCUCCCUACCCUUCUGUGCCUUACUUCCCACCAACACCUAGAGGGCCUCCCUUAUAUCCUCCCCAGCCUCACCCUCUACCAAAUCCCUUUUAUGACCCAGAUAGUCCUUACUUUGGUGGAGAAAUUCCACAUGCUCCUAACCCUUUCCCAAAUCUAUCUGACCCCUUUGAUCCAUUUGGUAUGCUCCCCAGGAGACCUGGUCCUAGUAGCCCUUUCAAUCCACCAUUCAUGCCUCCACAACCAAGAAAUCCUAGAGGACCAAGAUUUGAUUUUAUCUGAACCGUAGAACACUUCUGUAACCUUUAAAUUGUUAUGCAGGUAUUGUACAGAGCAGGAUUAACUAUAGGAAAUUCAUAAAUUACCGUUAUUUUAUUUUACACUUGUAAAGUACAGAGCAGGACAAACAAGAUUUCAUUUUCAGGUGUUAAUUAUUAAUGUUACAAAAUUUAACAGGUGAAAGAAGUAAUACUAUUUUCAUAUUCUUAAUAGAAAUAUAUGUUUUAAAGUUUUGAUUAUUGAAUCAUCAUUCAAAAGGAUGAUCUCAAGCUGCUUCAUUCAGUUUCUAAUAAAAUUGGCCAUUAA